AUGAUGAAUGCGAAGAUGAUGAAUGUUAGCGAAACAGAAGCAGUACCAUGCGCCGGAGGCUGUGGACUCUUCGGCACCCGAAAGAACAACAAUCUAUGCUCCCUCUGCUACAAAGAGAGUGUCCGUAAACAACUGGCCGCUCUCAGACUCGAACCCGAGACCAAGCCAUCAACGGUUUGCCCUCCUACUAGUAGUCCCGUCGCUGCGGAAGAACCUGUCGUAAUCAAACAGAGAUGCGGCAAGUGUCAGAGGAAGGUUGGGAUGUUGGGUUUCAACUGCAAAUGCGGACACAUGUUUUGCGGUUCCCAUCGAUAUCCGGAGGAGCAUUCUUGUCUCUUCGAUUUCAAACAAUCUGGGCGGCUUGACUUGGCCAGACAGUUGCCUUUGAUCAGAGCAGAGAAGUUGCAGAGGAUUUAG